AUGGCAAAACUAUCAAAACAACAAACUCAGAAAAACAAUAAUGCAAAUAGCAGUGUUAAUAAUACCAAAGUGAAAAGAACAAGGAGAAGUGUCCCUAGAGAUUCCCCAAUUCAACGCAGCUCAAUAUACAGAGGAGUCACUAGGCACAGAUGGACAGGUCGAUAUGAAGCUCAUUUGUGGGACAAAAAUUGUUGGAAUGAAUCCCAAAACAAGAAAGGACGACAAGUCUACCUUGGGGCUUAUGAUGAUGAAGAGGCGGCAGCACAUGCUUAUGAUCUAGCUGCAUUGAAAUAUUGGGGUCCAGAUACCAUUCUUAACUUCCCGUUAUGUACCUACCAGAAUCAAUUGAGAGAAAUGGAGGAUCAGUCAAGGGAGGAGUAUAUUGGAUCGCUAAGGAGGAAAAGUAGCGGUUUUUCUCGAGGAGUUUCUAAAUACCGAGGUGUAGCAAGACACCAUCACAAUGGAAGGUGGGAGGCUCGUAUUGGCAGGGUAUUUGGCAACAAAUAUCUUUAUCUUGGAACAUAUGCUACACAAGAAGAAGCAGCCACCGCAUACGAUAUGGCAGCUAUUGAAUAUCGUGGACUCAAUGCUGUUACCAAUUUUGACCUUAGCCGUUAUAUUAAGUGGCUUAAACCUAAUCAUCAUAACAAUAACAACGAAAAUAACACCAAACUUAUUCAUAAUUCUAAUCCAACAAUCUGUGACACAAAUGAAGAACAAAGACUUAACUUGUUUCACACUCAAAACGAGUCAUUUGGAACUGAAGAAAAAGAAGCAAUAACAACAAUAACACAGCCUCGUCCAAGUGGCGGCGCCACGUCAGCAUUAGGUCUUUUGCUUCAAUCUUCAAAGUUUAGGGAGAUGAUGGAAAUGACAAGUAGUACUGCUGCUGCUGAUGAUUUGUCCACAACACCACAAAAGUCAUACACAUUUCCUGAUGACAUUCAAACAUACUUUGAGUGUAGUGAUGAUCAUAAUUCUUCUUCCACUAAAUAUGGAGAAGGGGAUAUUGAUUUCUUCAAUGACUUGAACUUCAAUGGGUUCCACUUUGCUUGAAGGUUUUUAGUGCUUCAAUUUCAACAAGAUACAAAAAAGACUCAAGUUAAUUAGUAAUUUAUUUUGUUGAUUUUUUUCAUUGAUUAUUUAUAACCUAGAAUUAUUUUCCAGUUGUGUAUAUGGAAAAUUUAAUUGCCGAAAAAAAGUGGCAAAUUGUUUAAUUUAUUUGUUAUAUUUGUA